AUGACUGUGUCUGCGAUGGGGUACCCCAGUUGGUGGCUCGAGGAAGUGGGGUACUUUGGGCCCAAGGCAGCGAACGGGGUGGCGGUCACGGGUGCGCUCGUGCUGGGGGUGGUCACGGUGACGGCGCUGGCCGUGGGGCUGGGGUUCUGGCUGGGCCGUCGCACGUCCACCGUCAAGUCCAAGGGCUAUGCCUUUAUCAACCAGGACCUACCGGGUAGCCAGCUCUACCAAUGA